AUGUACAAAGCAGUCAUCCUGCCAACGGUGCUGUAUGGAGCGGAGACCUGGACGGUGUACAAGAAGCAGGCGCGAAGGCUCAACCACUUCCACGGCAGCUGUCCUCGACGGCUACUGAACCUGAAGAGACAGGACCGGAUCCUGGACACGGACAUACUAAAACGGACGGAAAUCCUCAUCAUCUACGUCAUGCUGAGGCAAUCACAACUGCGCUGGAGCUGUCACCUUGUGCGGAUUGACGGGACGUCGGCACGGGCUCCCGCCGACAAGGAGGUUAAGUGCGGCGGUACAAGUUUGCCUUAAAAACUUGCUUGAAGCGCCUGUAUAUCAACCCGGCCGGCAAGGAAGACCUCGCUUACGACCGACCGACGUGGCGGGGAGCAGUGAAGAAAGGCACAACAAACUACGAAGCAAAACGCACCAUCGCCACCGAAGCCAAAAGUGAAUUUCGCAAAUCUCAACUGUCCCCACCUCUCAACGCCAACGCUCGACCGCCUGCGACAUGUCCACGAUGUCACCGAACGUUCCGGGCACCAAUCGAUCUUACUGGAUAUCUUCGAAUCAACUGCAUCAUUUGGACGACACCAUCCGAUGCCCUCCCGCCCAACUUUGACUUGCCAACCACACCCACGGUCAACACUGACCGCACUCCUGAACACCCACUGCCAUCCUUCUUCAUAGCCUCAACAUCCGCUGCGACGGCUCCUGCACACACCGCCGCUGCACUCAAUCCUAACGUACCGACAAACAUCAAUCUCACCAUCGACAACGCCAACGAUGUGGACUCGGUCCACACCUGCCCUCAUCGCGGUCGCACCGUCACUUCACACAUCAGCCUGAUCGGUCACUUGCGAAUCCGUCGUGCAGAGAAUCCCGAACCCACAUACACUCAUCGCAUCCGCCUCAACUGCCCUCAACGCAUCCGCACAUUCACUCACCACAUUCACGAAAACCCGCAGUAG